CACACAGACGCCAAAUAGAGACACCAUGGCUUCCGCUAACGUACAGAUUUCGAAUGCAGAAAAGGUACGAACAGCUGCAGAUUUUAUAAAACAUGCACCCCCAGGAGAGUUCAAUGAAGUAUUUAAUGAUGUGCGCAUUCUACUAAAUGAUGACAAUCUUCUCAAAGAAGGGGCUUCCAGUGCCUUUUCCCAAUACAAUAAGGACCAGUUUACCCCAGUUAAAGUUGAAGGUGCAGAUGACCAGGUGCUUGUGACAGAAUAUGGCGAUUUAGGGGGUGGCCGCUUUCUGGAUCCCAAGACGAAACGCACAUUUAAAUAUGAUCAUCUAAGGAAAGAAGCAAGUGAUCCACAGCCAGCCAAUGAUCUUAUAGAUCAUACGGCAAACACAUGGAGGGAGGCGCUCGAUAAUCCUUUGAAACAAUAUUGUAGCAAUCAUUACAAAGAUGGUGUCUUCACAAUAUAUGGUAAAUCGUCAGGGGGGAAUAUAACAUUAAUAGCUUGCAUCGAGGACCAUCAAUUCCAGCCAAAAAAUUUCUGGAAUGGUCGCUGGCGUUCACAGUGGUCUGUAACGUUUAGUCCAUCUUCAAAUUCAGCCGAUAUCAAUGGAUUACUAAAAGUUCAAGUUCAUUACUAUGAAGACGGCAAUGUACAACUUGUUAGUCAUAAAGAAAUCAAAGAGAAAAUUAACUUCACUGAUAAAGACACUCUCGCUAAGAAUUUUGCUAAGAUUGUUGAGGAUUCUGAGGCUCAAUACCAGGCUGCGUUAUCAGACAACUACAAUACUAUGUCAGGCACCACCUUCAAAGCCUUAAGAAGACAGCUUCCUGUCACACGUGCCAAAAUAGAUUGGCAAAAGAUCGUUAGCUACAAGAUUGGGCAAGCAUUGAAGGCUCCAUAACUAAAUAAGUAAAUAAAUAAAUAAAAUAAAAGCCAAAUGUUUGAUCAAGAUUGUAUAGAACCUUAUACAGAUAAUAACUUUAAUGUUCAUCUAUUGUAUUGUAUUUUCUUCUUUAUUUUCCGUGUUUUCUGAGUUUACAAUACAUGUCAAGUUAAUUGCACUAUAUUUGUAAAUUUUUCAGUUUUUGUUUAGCCAUUGAAUCACAGCAAAUCACAGUCAAAGAUGGUUGUUCUUUGAUGCAGGACAAUAGGUCAUUGUUCUUUUCUUGUGGUUGAAAAAUCCACACUUCCAGGCUUGCAACUAUACAAAGUUUCAGCAAUAUAUAUUUUUUAGUAGUAAAAGAUUCAUCGAGAAAACACAUGUAGAUCCGGGGGCUGCUGGUUUGUUUCAUGAUCAGCAGGCACACACAAAUUUAAUAAUGUUGAAGGCCCUUUAAAAAGGGAAGGGAAUUUAUUACUGGGUUAGCAAGUGAAAUUUACCGUGGUUUAUUGAAUUGUUUUAAAUGGAUUCUGCUAUUCAUAAAAAUAUACCUACACACACACACACCAAUAUCAAGCUGUGAAUUGUCUGCUUUGGGGUUGAAAAGACUUUUCGGGAAAAGACUGCCAAGUUUGAUUACUGGUUGUUAUUUAAAAUCAAAAGUAUGUCUGUUUUCAUUCUUGCCUUGCUGCUUAUGGCUUUAUAUAGCAAUAUAUAACAUGGUGAAAGCAUUAUUGUAAGAACAUUUUUUGUGUCUCCAUAGCACUGCUUAGAAUUGAAAAAAAAAAAAUGUUGUUUUGUAUAUUGGAAAUCAAUGGAAUCCUUAGAUGCUAUAAAUUUUCUGGGCAAACAUUUUUUGUUCAAUGCCUUCUUGUAUUUUAUUUUUUAUUUGUCACCUAAUUUAUAUAGUUUUCCUGUUGGCUACAGCUGGUUAAUAAGAAUUCUAUCUUAUUUAGUAACCAUGGCUACAAUGUCUUAAUUAAAAUUUGCUUUAUUUUAUGAAAGGUUACAACAAAUGACUAUAAACAAAACUUUCUAUCAAUUUUCAAAAAAAUGCUAGCUAAAAUAUCUUUAUGCUAAUUAGCACAGGAGUCGUAAAGUUUCUGAUGCUUUGAUUGGCUGCUGUCCUAAACAUGCAUAUUCAUACUUUUAACAUUAUAGUUGCAUUUCCACUUUGUAUUAUACACUUAUUACCAUGCCUGAUUCUCGAUUUCAACAAAUUAAGUUAAAAUAUUCAUAGAAUAUCUCCCAGCAGGAGACUUUUAUUAUUUUUCCCUCUGUAUGAAAUUUUUUUUUCAAAUCCCUCGCCUUCAAAUGUAGAGUUUGUUAUAAACGCAUACAGUUUUUAUACAUUGCAUGCCCAUGGGUUGUCGAAAAGCAUGUUUCUAUAUUGAGUGUUUGUCAUGUGAUCAGGACCAACUAAUGCAUUACGGAUUUGUCUUUUGUUUUUCAUUGAAGUCUAAAUCAUAACACUUUACUGUAAAAUACUUUAUUUUCGCUGACUGGGUGAUUCAGUGAAAAAAAAAAUUGAGCACAUAUACAUUUUUCCUACAUUUUACAUUCAACUCAUCAAAAAUCUAUGAAAACAAACUCCAUGCAAAAUGCCUGAAAGUGUCAUCAGUGCAAAUUAAUAACAGCUAAAAUAAAAUCUUUUACAGUAUGUGCUCCAUAUUUAAUCUGGAAAAUGACCUAGGCCUAUAACAAUGUUUUCACAUAAAUGGCUGGGGAAAGGGACAGUGAUUGGGGUUUAUUCAUUCCAGUUCUGUAUCUGAAUGAUGUAUUUUUGCCCCUCUCUUUAAUAAAUUGAAUCUUUAACCAAUUAA